AUGCUAGCAAGAAAAACUGUAGCUACAGGUUCUUUGAGAAAAACUUUGAAUGAAAAGCUUCAGUCCAGUCAAAAGAAAGCAGGCCCAGCAGCUGAGACCAACUCUAGCUCUGAAUCUGAUGAUUACAUCUCCACCAGUGAAGACGAUGAACCUGGGUCUUCUGAACAGGCCAAAACUAUAGAAACCCAAAGAGAGGUAAAAUCUUGCUAUGUUUUUUCUGAUGUAGUUGAAAGGGAGGAAAAUCGAUUUGUUUUGAUAGGGGCUGCUAGAGAUGUAGGUGGGACUGAUUCUGGGAAAAUGAGGAAGAACAAGAAGAAGGAACCUUUAGCCAUAUGUGGGGGCGGGGAAGAAGGAGUCUCGAAGUCAGGGGGAAGUGGUGAGGCUGCUGCGGUGUUGACUAAUCUAAGUAAACAACAAGAUGAACCUGGUUCAUCUGAUGAACAGAGUUUGGCUGACUUGUUGAAGAAAGUGGGAGCCAGCUAUGACCCAAAGAAACGCAAGGCUUCCUCACAAAAGACCCCUGCUGCAUCCAAACCAACCAAGAAAAGCAAACAAUCACCACCCAAGUUUACUCCUAGGAUUAGAGCUACUAGAAGUAGGGUCAGGGAAAGUGAAGCAGAAUUAAAGAAGGCUUUAGAAGAAAGUAAGAAAAAGAGGAAAGAGAAAGGGAAAGCAAAGAUAGGUGAAAGCUCGGAGGCUGUGGUUGAAGAGGAAGAGGAAGAGAUGGAACAGGUCCAUCUAGAAAGGAGUACUACUGUGGAAGUUCCCACUACCAAAUCAAAGGGAACCAGGACUUCUGCCAAGAAGCCUUCCAAGCCAGUACCUGCUGAACCUGUUCUUGCCAAGAGAACAAGGUCAGCUGCAAAAGGAAAACAAGUGAAAAUUGCUGAAGAAGAUGAUGAAUGGAGUGAGGAUGAAGGAGAUGAGUCAGAGAAGGAACAAGACAGAUAUGCCAUGUUUGGCAAGAGGAAAAUUCUGAAAGGGAGACUACUCAAGGACCUGGAGGAGCCAGGAUGA